AUGAACCGCCUUUUGAACCUUUUGGCCUUGGUUGCCCUGAUUGGAAGCAAUGCAGCUGGAGAGGUUAAUAUCUGCUCCAAUGUGGCCAGCAAUCUGUUUCUUCCCCACGUGAGCAACUGCAGCAAGUACUACCUGUGCAUGAGUGAAGUGGCUGUGCCCCGUGAAUGUCCCGCGCACUAUUUCUUCGAUUCUCUCGAUCAGCAAUGUGUUCCCGUGAUGGAGGCCAGGUGUAUACCAUCCUGCAAGACCAGGGGUCUGGAAUCCUUUGGCUACGAUCGCACCUGCACCAAGUACGUCCUCUGCUUCGACGGAACUCCUGUGAUCCGCGAGUGCGCCGAUGGACUGCAGUACAAUUCGCAGACCGAUCGAUGUGACUAUCCCCAGUAUGUGGACUGUGUGGACAACAUGUGCAUCCGGCCGAACAAUGCCGAUGAUAUCGUUUUCAUAGCCAGCAAGUCGCGCUGCGAUAAGUACUUCAUCUGCAACGAUGGUCUUCCGUGGAAUAAGAGUUGCUCUUCUGGUCUGCAGUACAACCCAAGCACCCAGAAUUGCGACUUCCCCUCCAAAGUUAAUUGCACGGUCGAGAACCUUCAGCGGAAUAUUCUGCCCUUUGCCCGAGCUCCACCACGUAGCGCUGACAUUAGGUGUCCCUCGGAGGGCAGCCACUUCAUUGCCCACCAGAAGCGCCGGGAUGCCUACUACUACUGCCUGAAUGGCCAGGGAGUCACCUUGGACUGCACACCUGGUCUGGUGUUCGAUGCUAAGCUUGGCGAGUGCCGGGAACCUCAGUUCGUAGGUGCUUAG